AUGGCUUCCACGAGGAUAUCAACGCCAAUGCGGGGCGCCACAUGCACUCUCGGCCGGCUGUCGACACGGAACGGCCAUUGGGACACUUUCAGACACCUCCCACUUCGCCCAUCGGCCCUCACAGCCCUCACAACUCUCCAGAAUUACCCCCCCGGCACGUCUCCCACCCGCUCUAUCACAACCUCCAUAUCUUCGCGAGCCUCGGUAUCCGACAUCACCACAUCGGUCGACGAUUAUGUGCCGAUCAAGCCCUUUGAACAGCAGACGGUGCUCGCGACCAUCCACCGAUUCCCUUCUCUCGAACCCCUUCGCUUCCAGCAAUAUCCAGCCAACCACCUCUAUCUACCCACCCGGCGAGAUAUUCUACAUCGCGCCAUCGUCUACGAAGGAGACAAUACCCGCCUGGGCACAGCUUCUACCAAGACCAGAUAUGAGAUCCGUGGCUCAAGGAAAAAGGUUCGGCCACAGAAGGGCACUGGAAAGGCUCGUCUAGGAGACAAGAAAUCGCCCAUGCUGCGUGGCGGAGGUGUUGCUUUUGGCCCCAGACCGCGCGACUUCGGCACCGACUUGCCGAAGAAGGUGUAUGAUCGUGCGUGGCGGACCGCAUUGUCAUAUCGAUAUCGCAAAGGUGAACUGAUCAUUGUGGACAAUGCCAUGGAGAUUGAAAGCCCAUCGAGCCGGCUGUUGGAAGACAUUUUCAAGCACCAACAAAAGCAGCUAGGAAAGGGAAGAAGUCUUCUGGUCACACUGGAGCAGCGACCCUUGCUCGAGCAAGCAUUGGCCGACAUGGAUCGUGAAGAGCAAGCCCUCACGUGGGAGGAAGUUGAUGUCAAGGACCUUUUGGAACUCUCUCGUGUCAUGAUCGAGCGGGAGGCUCUGCACAACAUCCUCCUCAGCCACCAAGAAGACAUCACCCACAAAGCCCUCCAGCCAUGGCACAAGAGCUUGGUUCGGGCAUCGCCACCAAAGGAGCUCGAGUCAAUUAUUGGAUGGCAGGAGUUCCGCGACCUGGCACUCAGCGAUCCUGCCGAAAAGGAUGUAGCUCGUGCGACUGUCUAUGAAGAUGUAGCAACGAAUCGUUACACCCAUGCACAAUCAUUACUCCACGGUCCUAACCGCAACGAACUCAUGAUAUCCUCGUACAACCUUUUAGCCGAAGCCAAGGAAUUCCAUUUUGCCCGAGCAACUGGCCUCUCAUUCAAGGACUACUUGCAAAUAAGGGCAGAAAAAGGCCCUUCGAAGAUCCCAUCCAUUUUCCCUCGUAUCCAGGCGCUAGACUAUCAGAUCACCGUCAAGACUGAGAAUGCGACCACAUUGGCCGAGACAUCCAAAUUGAAGAGCGAAGAGGUUACCGUGGCAGUGCGGGAGCUCGCGGUCGAGAAGCGCGAGGUCUUGUAUGAGGCCGCCCUCCUCGCUGCACAGAUUCAUGAACACGUGGCCGAAGCCCAGGGGCUCCAAGGCGAGGCGCUUGCAGCAAAGCGGUCAUUAGCACGGGCUAGCGACGAGCGAACGAGAGUCCAGCACUGCGAAACACGAUUGCUCGAGGCGAAGCUUCACCUGGCCAAGCAGAAGCUUGUUGUGGCAGAGCAGAAGCGCUUUGGUGAGCGCAAGGCGCGAGACGAGGUGCAGCAGUGCACAGAGUUGUUGGCGGCGAGGCACGCAGCAAGGAAGGCGUCGAAGGGUCAAGUGGAAAGAUUGGGUGAUGCGCAAGAGGCAGAGAGUGGGGUGGCUACCGCAGAGAAGGAAGGUCUCCAGGAGGACUCUGUUGUUGACAUGAAGCAUCCGGAGAAGCCGGUGGUCGAGAUCAACCAACCAGAGGUCAAAAGUCAGGAGAGGAUUUGA